CACCAUUAAUAAUGGAGAUUUUACUGAAAUCCAAUUGAUUAUUUCAAGAUUUUCUCUCUCCUUCGUGGAUUUCAGCGUCAAUUUUUCAAACUGCUCUUCAUGCCCGCGCUCGCAAGCCCCACCACCACCCACACUUUUCUUAAGAGAGAAAAAGAGAAACACCGAUUUACAGAUCAAGCGGAAACUCCCUCAGAUCUACGGAGACUCGUCUUUUCUCGAUUCUCGCGAUAUACGAAUACAAAAAGGGCACCAAAGGCGGUUGGUUGCUUUUGAUUCAAUCAGAAAGUUUCGAAUCCGAGGCAAAUUCGACGUAUAACGUUUUGCUCUCUAUGUGUGUAUGUGUGGUGUUCCGUUUGAACUUUGAAGUAAAGAGUAGCCUGUAAAGUCUUAGCCCUAAAAAGAGGAGAAUUUGGGGUUCCUUUUUGCUCAUCUUUUAUUUAAUUUUUUUAUAUAACACACAUAUAACAAAAUACACCCACAUAUAAGCUCCAAAGCCCAAAAGAGUUUAUCACUUUAGCAUGCGAGGGCUAGGUUUUUUUAGGUAAAGGAGAGAGAGAUAGAGAGGAGGUGUUGGUGAAAGAUGCAGAAUAUGAAGAAGAAAGCAUGUGAUAGCACUAGUAGUUCUAAUAACAAUAACGGUGAUGGUGGUGGUGGUGAAGUUCAGAAGCAGAAAGAGAGACAUAUAGUUUCAUGGUCCCAAGAGGAGGAUGAUAUAUUGAGGGAGCAAAUAGGUAUCCAUGGAACUGACAAUUGGGCUGUUGUUGCAUCCAAGUUUAAGGAUAAAACUACCAGGCAAUGCAGAAGAAGAUGGUUCACUUAUUUGAAUUCUGAUUUCAAAAAAGGAGGAUGGUCACAGGAGGAAGACAUGCUCCUUUGUGAGGCCCAGAAGAUUUUUGGCAACAGAUGGACUGAAAUUGCAAAAGUGGUUUCAGGCAGGACGGACAAUGCCGUUAAGAAUCGUUUCUCCACCUUGUGUAAGAAGAGAGCAAAGAAUGAAGCAUUGGCAAAAGAUAAUAGCGCUUCUUACAUCACAGCAAACAACAAAAGGGCCAUGUUUCACAAUGGACAAGAUGCAGACAGAAAUUUAGAAACUUCAAUGCCUCCUGCAAAGACGAGGAGGAAACAUAUCCCUGAUACAACAGAAAACUGCAAUCUAGAAGAAUCGACAGGGACCUUUAGAACUACAGAUCAGCAACUAAGGCCUCCAUUUGCUGUCCUUUUGCAGAAUUGCCAUAACAUCAACACCUUAAGAACUCAGCUUCAUGCCAAAACUGAAGAGGCCUCUAAAGAUGGAACAUUUCUCAAGAAGGAUGACCCGAAGAUUAUCGCAUUGCUGCAACAAGCAGAACUUCUCAGCUCACUUGCACUCAAAGUUAAUAUGGAGAAAACAGAAGAGAGUUAUGAAACUGCUUGCAAGGCUGUUCAAGAUUUUCUCAAGCAAAACAAAGGAAGUGAUGUGCUUGGAUUCAACGUUUCUGAUAUAGAUUUUCAACUUGAGAACAUCAAAGAUCUGGUAGAGGACAUAAAAAGUUGUGACGGAGGCAGCCAACAGUCCUGGAGACAACCUGAUUUAUAUCAGGGAUCCCCUGACAGUUCCGAGUACAGUACAGGGUCAACUGUCCUCUCCCAAGUGAUUGAGAAAAUGGAACCACUUCAAGAGGGGUUGUGUGAAGUUGAACCCCAAACAACCCAAGUUAUCCAGCCAACUAGCAUUGUUAAUGGUAAAAAUGUAAUGAUACCYGACUCAACAACAAACCAAGUUCUUUUAGCUUCUUGCGAUGAAUUUGACAAUGAUGUUGGAGCUAUAUUUCCCUUGCCAAAUUCAGAGUUCAAUUCCCCACUUCAAGUAACUCCGUUGUUCAGAUCAUUGGCAGCAGGAAUUCCAAGCCCUCAAUUUUCAGAAAGUGAAAGGAACUUCCUUCUAAAAACGCUUGGAAUCGAGUCACCGCCCGUCAAGCCUGGCACCAGAACCUCACAACCACCACCCUGCAAAAGGGCUCUUCUUCAUUGCCUUUGAUUUCAAAACCUCAUUAUAACUACUACUUCUACCACAUCCCGAGUUUUGAGCACAUGUAGAGUUUUUCUUCUUCACCCUCUUUCGUGGUUCACUUUUUUCAUAGGAUUUGCAGUCAUCUCAGCCUGAUUUUUUACACAAAAGGGUUUGAUCAAGAUCUGCAUUCAACGCUAGAAUGUUCAGGUACAUUCUGGAACUACAAGUAGAUCUAACAGCAUAUUCUGCUUUUUCUAGCAUAGAUCUCCAGUUUGUUUGUUUGUUGAGUUGUAUUGUUUUUCGUUUGUUCAUUUUUGGAGGAUUUCGAAUACGGGUAUUCGAUAAUUCCCCUCAUAACAACCAUUUGGCCUCAAAAUAUGCCAAAUCUUGCACAGAACAUAAUUUUGGUUUUACAGAGUGUGAUUAUAGUAAUUUACAAUAUUACCCCCCACAAUGGAAAGUGGGGAAGUAGUAGUAGAAGCAUAGAAGUGAGUAAGGAGGCUCAACCACCUUAGUUGGACUCCAGUUCUUUGUUUCUUUUAGUGUGUGUAGAAUAGCAGUUAUGAUAUAAGUUUCUUUUUCUUGAUAUAGUUUUUUUUUCCUAUUAUAAUGUAUAAAUUUACAAUCAUUGGUUUUUAGAGAAUGUGA